GGAAGCAAGAAGGGGGCGUGUUCAUACAGGCGAAAAAUUGAUUGAAAUUUUCUUUCAGCCGUCUGGCAGAAAUUAUAUAUUUAUUGUUAAAUUGCACAGAAAUGGCUGGACGAGCGCUUAAAUUCGGCUCGGCCCUGAAGGAGUUGAGGAUCCACUUGUGCCAGAAGUCUGAACAGAGUCGCGGAGCGAGGGAAUUCGUCGAAAAACACUACACCGAACUGAAGAAGUCGAAUCCACGUUUCCCAAUCUUGAUCAGAGAAUGCAGUGGUGUCCAGCCCCGUGUUUAUGCCAGAUAUGAUCUUGGAAAGGAGAGCAGCGUUUCUCUGAAUAAUCUUGGAGCCGAUGACAUCUUCAAGCAAAUCGAAAAGUUAGCAAAAUGAGGCAGCCUUGAGGGUUAUUGUUAUUUUGUAAAUAAAAGUUAGACAAAAGCACAUGAAAUUAUCUAUUAGAAGAAAUAAAAUUAUGACCUAAAAAUACAA